CUGUCACUGUGAAGAACGAAGAUGAUGAAGAGGAAGGAGGACCAGAACCAAAUGGACCAGAACCAGAUGGACCAGACAGUGGAGGACCAGAACCAGAUAGAAUGGACUAUGGAGGACCAGAACCAGAUGGGCUGGACUGUGGAGGACCAGAACCAGAUCCAGAACCCCCCCACAUUAAGCAGGAACCGGAGGAGCUGUGGACCAAUCAGGAGGCAGAUAUCACCACAGACACACCCACUGUCACAGUGAAGAAUGAAGAUGAUGAAGAGGAAGGAGGAUCAGAACCAGAUGGACCGGACCAUGGAGGACCAGAACCAGACAUGAUCAUCUUCCACAGACUGGACCUGAACAGUAGAACUUCCCCGCUGUCCGGGUCCGUGUGCAGGCAGAACCUGUCUGGUUCUGUCAGAGCUGCAGUAUUUUCUGAAACUGAACACGGUUCACACGUCAACACUAACAUCAGCGGCGCCGACAUCAAACCGCAUCAGUGCUCCGAAUGCCCUUUGACCUUUGGCAGGAGGUCCCAUCUGUCCAGACACAUGAGAAUCCACACCGGAGAGAAACCUUUCAGCUGCUCAGACUGCGGGAAAGGAUUUGGUCGAAAAUCAGCCUUAACGUUUCACAUGAGAGUCCACACGGAGAGAGACCAUUCAGCUGCUCCGUCUGCAAGAAGAGUUUUAAAGAAAAGGGGAAAGUGA